GAUAAGCAGGAUAGAAUGUCGUUGUUCUCAACACGGGUGGUGAUGGCGAACCUUUCCCCUCAGACUGAACGGUCGAGUUCUAGGUUGAAAUCGCUAGAUCCCUUUCAGAUAUCCCUUCUGUUUCUCUCACCGACUUUCCUUUUCCCUAUUUCUAUUUGGCUUACCAGAAAGCUGUGCAUCACCGAGUUUCCUUUGUCCUUGUAUCACUCCAAA